CAAUUGCAAACAUUGUUGAUUCAUACAAGUCAUUGUUUGAUUUGUGACAAAUAUUAAUUAGCCUCACCAGUUCAGAGAUGUUUGGUUGGAAGGAAACCUAGUCCAAUGGCCUACACCAUUGCAAGACAACUGCGCGUUGCAGCGACAAGCCGCUGUUGGCGGUAUGCCUCGAGUGGUUCAGCAUGGUCACCAGCUGUUAGCAGCGUUUCUAAAACUGCUGUAGGGGCUCCCAAUUCAACGACCUUUGAAGGUCUUGGCAUCACCAAUGAGCUCUGUGAUGGACUGAAGAAAAAGCUGGCGAUCACCCAGCCCAAUGCAGUGCAGAUGAAAUCCAUUCCACAUCUACUGGAAGGUCGUGAUUUGAUGAUCCAGUCAGAAACUGGGUCAGGGAAAACUCUCUCCUUCUUGCUUCCAAUCCUUCAAAAGAGCAAGCACGUGUGCUCCACUCUGAUUAUUGUGCCUACGCGUGAGCUCGCAGUACAGACGCUACAUGUAGUAAAUUCACUGAAGCCGAGUACCGAACAUGGGCCUUUUGCUGUGGCUCUUGUGUCUGGACUCGAGACUUACUUUGCUGCUGAGGAUGUGCAGAAACUGGCACCACGUGUGCUAAUUGCCACACCAAAGCGACUGUUGGAGGUAAUGAAUGUUGCUCCUCAGUUGUUUUACACCGUGCAACACGUUGUCCUCGACGAAGUCGACCGGCUGGUGCCAACAGCCGCACCCAGUCGGUUAAAGCACAAAAACCGCUUCCAUCCGAAACCGACAAUGGUGGCACUUACUCUUCUAAGAGAGGAGCUGCUGAAAGGUCGUGCAAGCAGCCUACAGCUCGUUGGUGUUUCUGCAACUUUAUCACAUUCCAUGCGUGCAGAACUUCUUGAUCUGGGCUUCUCAGAAAAAGCGCGCCUUGUGUACAUGCAAGACCGCAUCGCAGUGCCCGAGACCAUCCGCCAUCGCUUUGCAUUGUAUAAUGGUGCCCAUCGAGACAAGGCAGUUCUUCUCACUCAGAUUUUCAACAGCCUAGGAGCAGAGCAAGCACUGGUGUUUAUUCACAAUGGUGCACCGAUCGAUGGCUUCGUCUACGCCCUGAAGAAGCAAGGAAUCCUGGCUGAAGCGCUGUACAGUCACCAGGCAGAUCCGGAGUCGCUGGAUAGUUAUGCAGCCUUCCUGAAGGACUUUGAGGAUGGUCAUAUCCAGAUGGUUGUAGCUAAUGAAGCUACGGUCCGGGGCCUGGACUUCCCUUUCGUCAAGCACGUCAUUCUGCUGGAGGUUCCCCCGAACCCGGCCACCUAUGUUCAUCUUGCUGGCCGAGCCAGUCGACAUGGUCAGGAAGGCUUUGUGACCGUAGUGGCGUGUCCAGAGGACGAGUCCUUCGGAAACUUGGAACACAUCUACCGCAAGCUCAACAUUAACGCCACAAAGGUGGCUCCAGAGCUCCUUGAUAUUGGUGAAUGUCAAGAAGACGAGGAGGGUGUUUGGGACCAGUCUAGUGCUGUUAUUCUACGUGGCGAGGACAAACUUGUGCCACGAGAGGAGGAAAAUGGAGAAGAACAGGAUAGCCAACAACUCGGCUCUGGCAAGGAGAGGAAGAAAGCCAGUAAAUUUGACGAACACGAUGAUGACGAGGACUUUGACUUGAAGGCACUGGGCUCGGACGACGAAGUAAGGAAGCUGCUGCACUCAAAGCAUGCUGUCCCUGUGAUGAGCGAUCUUCCGUACGACACUGUCCAGUUGGGCCAGAUGGAGAUGAGACCUGACGGUAACGAGUCCAUUGGUAAGCAGAGUGAGAACCGGGAGCUUGAACACCGCGAGUGGCAGAAGCUGAGAAGCCAGAUCAAGAACAAGCGGAAACGGUAGUACAGUAGUAGUAUUGGUAACAUAGCUCACAUCUCCUCUUGCUGGAUCAAGAAAAGCUCUGUGGGAAUCAAACUUUUAUUUUUCUCAAGACUGUGCUACACCGCAGUGUUGUGUGGGUGGUAUUUGAGACUGAUGGCACUGCCCCCGUGUAACUUGUCAUGCUGAUUGAUGCCUCUUGUUAAGUCGUGUUCUUGUUAGAGAGGCCACCCAAGGUUACUUCACUUUCAAUCCGAAUGAUCAAUAUCACCCCAUGAAACUUCAUAAUAUAGAACAGGUUCUUUUUCAUCUUUUUGUUGAGACACAAUACGAAUCACGGGCUUUGCCGGGUGAUCAGAUGAGAAACUGCUGUCAUGUCAUCGUA